GCGCUGAGGGGACCCCGCCGGAGGGGGCUCCGGGCCGGGCCGAUGGCGGAGCCGCUGCUGCGGAGGACCUUCUCCCGGCUGCGGGGCCGGGACCGCCCGCGCAGGAAGAAAUCGGACGCCAAAGAGCGAGAGCAUCCUCCACCAAGCCCCGACUCACCGGUGGACCCCGAGGUGGCCCUGGCAUCAUCGGAGCUGGCCCCGGCAGCGCCCCGCAAGCAGAACUGGGCCCGUUUCUCCUGCGGCAGCCGCGAUGAGCCCAGCGGGAGGCGGAUGCCGGCUCCCAAACCUUCCCUGGAGGUGGUGGAGGCCAGUGAGCUGGAUCCGGCCACCAGCAGCCCCUGGCCUGGCGUGGAGCCACCCGGUGAGGAGUCCCCGGAGCUGGCGGAGGAGGCCGAAGCAGCGAACGGCUCUGUGGAGCUUGGCGGCCCCAGUAGGAGCCCGGGGCACAGUGCUUACCUGCAGAGCCUGGAGCGGAGCAGCCGGCACUGGGUGCUGUCCUCGGCAAAGGCACCAGGGCUGGAUGAGUCCGGCGGCGGGGCUGAGGCUGAGGCCGGCACAGCUGGCAGUGAGGGCGAAAUCUGGUACAACCCCAUCCCCGAGGAUGAGGACCCUCCAAAGGCGAGUGGGGAGGACGUCCCCUGGGGGGGCAGAGGGACGGCGGAGAGCCCCGGACCCCGCAGUGCAGAGGAGCCGGCAGCUGGCAGGACGCAGGCCUGUGGAAAGAUGCCCAUCCCCUGCGUGAGCCUAGGGACGGGGCUUGCCCCCCCAUCCCCUCCCGCCAGCCCCGGUGCCACCAAGAAAGGCCGCUCCCUCAGCAAAGUGAAGUCCCCAGGGACGGUGCGCCGCCUCUCCAUGAAGAUGAAGAAGCUGCCGGAGCUGCGGAGGAAGCUGAGCCUGCGCAGCCCCCGGCCGCGGGGCCAGGAGGGUGGCACCUCGCCCUCCGACACCCGCAAGGAGUCCAGCAACGUCAUCAGCCGCUACCACCUCGACACCAGCGUAGCCUCGCUGCCCCGUGCCAAAGCAGCCAACAAGGGUGGCUACUUGAGUGACGGCGACUCCCCGGAGCUGCCGGCCAAAACCGGGGCGCACGCUGAGCCAGAGGAUGGAGAGAGCGGGCUGGAUGUGGCCGCUUUCCGUCCCUACAGCUGCGGGGAGCUGCCCCGAGGCGGGCAGCACAUCUCCGGGCUGGUCAGCGUCCACCUCUAUGGCGUGCGGGACCUGAAGCCGCCACGAGCUGAAGCCCGGGAGGUUUUCUGCGUGCUGCAGGUGGAUGCGGCCAACCGGGCUCGCACGGCUCUGCUGCCCUGCAAGGCGGCUUUCCUUGGCCUCAACCACACCUUCAACCUGGAGCUGGAGAGCGCCCAGCUCCUCAAGGUGAUCGUCUUCUCCUGGGACCCCUCCUCCUGCCGCAACCGCCUCUGCUGCCAUGGCACUGUUGUCCUGCCCCACAUCUUCAGAGGCUGCCGGGCCCAGCAGCUGGCAGUGCGGCUGCAGCCUCGCGGUGUCCUCUUCUCCAAAUUCACCCUGGUGGAGCAAUGGGACGGCCCUGGCGAGCGCGAGCCCCGCGUCUUCGGCGUGGAGCUGGGCCAGCUGGUGGAGAGGGAGAAGACGGCCACCAAGGUGCCACUGCUCAUCCAGAAGUGCGUGGCCGAGAUAGAGAAACGGGGGCUGAAGGUGGUUGGGCUGUACCGGCUCUGCGGCUCGGCCGCCGUCAAGAAGGAGCUGCGCGAUGCCUUCGAGAGGGACAGUGCGGCCGUGACGCUGUCAGAGCAGCUCUACCCUGACAUCAAUGUCAUCACAGGGAUCCUCAAGGACUACCUGCGGGAGCUGCCCACGCCACUCAUCACCCCCACACUCUACCACGUCGUGCUGGAGGCCAUGGCCAAGCGGCCUCCUCGGACCCCGCCGGGCGAGUGGGACGCCGUCACCCUGCUCAACUGCCUGCCUGACAUCGAGAAGGCCACACUGACGCGGCUCCUGGACCACCUCAGCCUGGUGGCCUCCUUCCAUGACUUCAACCGCAUGAACUCGCAGAACAUCGCCGUCUGCUUCGGGCCCGUCCUGCUCACCCAGAGCCAGGAACCUCGACGCGGCAACACCGGCACCGGCGCCCGCAGCUACGCCCACAGCGAGGACAUCGCCAGCGCCGUUGAUUUCAAGAGGCACAUCGAGGUGCUGCACUACCUGCUGCAGGCCUGGCCAGCCCCCCGCUCAUCCCUGGCCCCCCAAAUCUGGGAGGAGGUGCCGCCCGGCCACCCACGGCAGCCACCGCUGCGCUUGGACCUGCUGGACACGGCGGUGGUGGCCCGCCAUCGCCCCCGGGGACCGGAGAGCCCCCCCAGCAACCGCUACGCUGGCGACUGGAGCGUCUGCGGCCACCAAUUUGGUGGCUACAACGAGGUGGCGGCCGGUGACGGUGAGAGCCGGGCCGCUCACCGGCGGACCCUCUUUGUGGCCGAUUUUGGCCUCGGUGACGAGCCCGAGGCACCCUUCGGCCCCCGACUCAACCUCAAGGACUUUGAUGCGCUCAUCCUCGACCUGGAGCGGGAGCUCGCCAAGCAGAUCAACGUCUGCCUGUGAUGGCGACGCCGACGCCAGUGCCAGUCCUGGCGCCGCUGGGAGAGCGACCAAAAAGCAGCACUUGCCUCUUGUUGCCUUCAAUUUGCACAGCACCGAGCACGAGGGACCCCCACACAGAAGGUGAUGCCGUCUUUGGGGGAGGGGGGGCAGCCCCGCUGGGGGACACCUGAGCAGCCCCCUCCCCCAAAACUGGCCGCACACCGCCCCACCACGCAUCCACGCGCCAUUUUGGGGGGGGACGUUGGAGGCUUGGUGCCUCUUGCUCGGCUUUUUAUGGCCAAAUUUUGCCCUCAGGGGCUGUUUGCCCCUUUGCCCUUCCAAAGCCACCCCCUAUGGGUGCCCCCCCCCUCCAAAAUCAGUAUUGACAAGGGUCCGUGACCUCCAUCGCUCAGGCUACAAGGGGGCACCCUCUCCCCCACCCCAUCAGCCGCCCACUGCCCCCCUGCUCAUGAGGGCUCCCCAAAAUCCCCUCCCUGUUGCUGGCACCCUGAGGAGAGUGAUGGCACUCCCUCCCACCCUCACGGGUGGCAGCAAGGACCCCCCCGACCCCCCUUUUUUUCUGCCCCCCCCCCCCGGGGGUGCUGCCGGUACGGGAGCGCUGAGCUUUUAUUUAUUACUCGAGCUUCAUGUGCGUGCGUGCAUGCGCGUGGAUGGAUGGCGUAUGGCGGUUGCCUUCACCGCGGCCUGCAGAAAAAGCCCUUUUCACCCCCAAAAUGAACCCAGCACCAGUGUUACGGGGGGAGGGAGGGAGCCAAAUGAAUUCCUCCCCCCCAAAAAAAAAACAAACCAGCCUUGCUCAGUAUUAGCCUUAUAGGAACCAGCUGAAUGUGAAAGCACCGGCCCGGCCGGGCUGAGCCAGCAGUGUUAAAUCACCUGGGCAGGGGGUGCCACCAGGCCAGUGGGGGACUUAGUGACAAAGCUGUCCCCAGUCCUUCCCCCCCGGAUGGCCUGACGCCCACCCUGCCCUGCCCACCGCCUUGUCACUGUCACCAGCAAUAAAGGACACAAGCUGCACUCGC